UGUCUGGCCCUAUGGCCUUUCACAGUGUGUGUGCAGAAUUGACUGCUCAGGGAAACGUUUCCUCCAUCAUGCAAGUGAUCCAGUUUCCACAGCCUCUAGCUGUGCUGGACAAGAAUUCCCAAUUUCUCCAAGCCAGCACAGCCCUUGACUGAACUUGUAAUUCAAGACAGUCAUGAGACUGUUGCUCAAGCUAACAGAGAACCAAGUUCCGCUCUUCUGAUAGAGAAUUCUACUGAAAUAAAUUACAAAGGCAAUUUACGAAUGUAUUCCUAGGGAAGUGGCUGGCUGUGCCUUUACUAACAAGGAUGGCUUGUGAUCUACUUCCGCAGCUGUUCUCAAGGGGGUGAUGUGCUUCUGAGCAACCACCAUGUCGACGUAUCUGAAGCAUUUCACAGUGGUGGGAGACGACCCUCAGCAGUGGAACAAUGACUACAAGAAAUGGGAGGAGGAAGAGGAAGGACAAGGGAAGGCGCCGGAGGCAGCGAUUAAAGUCGAGUCAGCACCCAGGCUUCCAACCUUCAGGGAUGUUAUGAGAAAGCUGUUCCAGUCUCACAAGUUUCAGAUCUUGGUUGUUUGCCUGGUUAUCUUGGAUGCUGUGCUGGUCCUUGGGGAAUUGCUUUUGGAUUUGAAAAUCAUCCAUCCUGACAAAGAUGAGAUUGCACCAAAGGUCUUCCACUACCUGAGUCUCUCCAUCCUAACCCUCUUCCUGGUGGAGGUCAGCUUCAAGCUCUUUGCCUACCGCCUGGAGUUCUUCCACCACAAGUUUGAAGUCUUGGAUGCCAUCGUGGUCGUCGUCUCCUUUGUCCUCGACAUCGUCGUCCUCUUCCGGGAGCACGAGUUCGAGGCUCUCGGGCUGCUGAUCCUGCUCAGGCUGUGGCGGGUGGCCAGGAUUAUCAACGGAAUCAUCCUGUCAGUGAAGACCCGCUCCGAGCAGCAGAUCUCCAAGCUGAAGCAAGCCAAUUUGCAGCUUAGUGUCAAAGUCCAGCAGCUGGAAAGCAGCUGUGCAGAGAAGGAGACGGAAAUCGAAAGGCUGAACAAUCUUUUGAGGCAACAUGGACUACUCAGCCCGUCCAAAUAAGAUGCCUGGCUUGGACCUACGGUGGCCAAUCUCUCCCGUGGAUUAAGUUCUGGCCCUGAGAAGCUACUUUAUGUUUACAGGGUGACAUUGUAAGAAUAUCCCUUGGCACGUUUAUCAGCACCGGCUGCUCUCCUCUGAAGCUGAUGCCCUUCAGAUAUAGUGGACUUUGCCUCCCGCCAUCCUCCUAGUCAUGCUUGCAGGGGGGUGGGGUGGAGGGUACCCAGCUGGGACUAGGCUGCCCUAGAUCUCUUUUGGAGGCCCAGAGUUGUAGAACAGCUCCAAAACUAUAAAAUGAAUUAUUCCACUCUUUUCUUGCGUAGCUGUACAGUUUCAAAAGAUGAGUGGAAAUAAUGUAAUAAAUCCAAAUGGAUAUUCA